AUGGCUGCUGAGGAGUUGUCAGAGGCCGGCAUGGCCGACAUAAUUCGAGCUCUUGAAGCUAUCCAUAGUCCCACCUCGUCAAACGAGCUUCGGAAAGAGGCACUCACCUUCGUGGAAUCCCUUAAAGACAGCGACGCCGCAGCCCGAAACGGUUUCCUGCUCGCCUCACGCGCCGACCACGCCUAUGUAGUGCGAUACUUUGGCCUAACCCUGCUAGAUCACGUCCUCCGCCAUCUUUCCUUCUCCAAUGCCGAAGCAUCCGCGAACGUACGCUCCAUGGUCCUACAACUAGCCGAGAACAUUCGACCCGAAGAUCCUAGUUACUUCCGCAACAAAAUUCCACAGUUAUGGUCGGAGGCUGCGAAAAAGAGCUGGGGACUGGAUUGGAUGGACAUGGAUGCGGCCCUGGUAAAAUUCUGGGGUUCCUCAUUGGUACACAAUGAGCUGGUUCUUGCUGUCCUUGAGACUUUGUCUGAGGACGUCUUCUUCCGCGAGGAUACCGUUUCUUCACUUCGAGGAAAUGAACUCAAUCGCGCGUUAGUGGAGAUUUUUACCCCUGCUGGAAUUGUUGAACAAGUGAAGUCGGAGAAAAACGCGGAUCCAGUGCUGCACUCUGGCGAGGAAGGAUGGCUUGUGCGGAUCUGCGAGUUCCUGGAUAGCUGUAUCCAGAAUGCUGCCAGCUCUCCGCAGGCCCGCGAUUCUGCGGUGAAAGCGCUGACGACCCUUCGCUCGGCACUUUCCUGGUCAAUCUACAAGGCAGUUGUGGCGUCACAAGUUGUCUCUGCAGUUUUCAGAUCACUGACCUGCCAGGACGAACAGGUUCUGCUGGCCGCGGUCGAGGCAUUGCAUGCACUUUAUGGCAGGACAAAUAUGGGCAACGAGGAGUCCCAGGCUCUUGUCUGCCUUAUUUUUGAGCCCGAUUAUCUCAGUACUCUCCAGAACUUGUAUCAGUGGUCAGUCGUUGGGCCGGAUGAUGUUGACGAGCCCAAGUAUUUGAUUUCUAAAAAGCUUUCCGAGAUGGUCUCUUAUGUUGCAGGCUGCCUCGAAGAUGAUCGAUUGUUAAGGGACACCAUGCAUCGAUUAGAUCUCCCGACCUUUUUCAGUUUUAUGGUCAAAAUUAUGCAACACGAGAGCUUGACCGUUUCAAUCCCUGUAUUGCAUCUGUGGUCCAGAUUACUACCAAUCAAUAAGAUUGCUCGCUCAGAAUUUGUGCUGGCGCAAACUCCGGAUCUAUUGAACAUCUGCACCCAGAGACUGAUUCGCUGGGAAUCUCUGCCUGCGGAUUCCGAUAACCCGACUGUGCAGUUCCUCGUGGAUGAUAUCGACACAAUUCCCGAGCGCCAUGCUUUUGUUGGGAACUACCGCCGCUACUGUUCAUCGAUUAUCGAAUCCAUUACCACGAAACGACCCCAGGAGGCAGUAAGUGAGAUUCUGAGCAGGGUCGAUAAUAACUUGGACAACCUUUACAACGGCUGUGAACCGUUCAGCAUGCAGUCUUUCAACAAAUCAUCAAUUCCCCUCAUGCGUGCCGAUGCUCAAUUCGCUGUAGUAGAGGCGGUCAUCAAGGGUUACCAUAAAUGGAUUGGGGCCCACGGGAAGGCGCCACAAGAGGAUGAGCAAGAGCGGAGUGCCUUAGAAUAUGGUGUCGAGAACUGGGCCACAAACUUGAUGCAAAGGUCCUUCGACGAUCCGGUUUUGAAACAGCGAGUCAUAAAGCUUGUGGUUGAUGUCUCUUCUCGAGCUCUUGAUAACCACCCAGCCUUUGCCCUGAAGGUGCUCGAGCAUAUUCUCAUGACGAGACUCCAGGAUCAUCCAGAAUACCCCGCUUAUUCCGAGGCUGUCAAAGAAUUGCAUGGCCUGGCUAGUCACGAGCUACGCCGCUUAGCCAUGCGCUAUGCCGACUACUUCUCCACCUUCUACGAUCUGCUUGAACCAAAGAUCAGAGAGAUCACACAGGCUAAUAAAGUUGAUGAUAAACUUCAGAUGGAACUCAUAUCAAUUUUGCUUAUUAUCAUGCAGCGAGCGAACAACAUAGACCCGGAGUUGCGUCAUGGUCGAUUGGUUUCAUUCCUUCAACCAAUUAGAGAAGCGUGGCAAGAUGAUCAGUUUUGCGCUAUGGGUUCAUCCUUUGCAGGAUUUUGCUCUAUGCUUGGAUUAGAAAAUGUUGGAUCAUACAUGCAGAACAAACAGGCACAUAAGAUGUCUGAUUGGUCUACAGUUCCUCUAGAUAAUGAGGGCAAACUUGUCCAAGAGGAAAUGACUAAAAAAUUUCAGAUGCUGCCGCUCCGUGGCACCAAAACUAUGCUGGCUGUAUCUACAGAUAAGCUGAAGAAGUCCGCACCGGCUUACGGUGUUGCCUGUAAUAUGUGGCAUGAAAUUGUUCCCCAGAUCCUGCGGACUUUACUUCCUCUUCUGAGCCAUGCUCAUGCUUUCCACAACCCUAUCAAUUGGGCGGUAAGCAAUGAAAUGAGGGCGGUUGUUGAGCGCAUCUUGACAGAUCGAUUUUGGCAAGCCGGCAUCUCAAGUGGCAGCCGGGAUGAAUUCUACGCUAAAAUCACUGCCUCUAAGGCAACACUGGAGGGCUUUGCGUCCUCCGUUCGUGGAAAAAUCAGAGCUGUGCGCGAAUCGUGUUACUCAAUGCUGUUUAGUAUGAGCAGAAUGCGCGACCAGUUUUACGGAUACCCUGAACUUCCCGGGCCUCUAGCCGAGGCACUGUUUAAAGAUGCAGAGCAUCUCUCUUCACAUCAGUACUCGGUCUUGCUCAACAUUUCCCGUUGCCUGAUUGACGACUGUCCAGUGCAGUAUAGAAGCCAGUUCCUUCCUCCCAUGCUUUCAACUCUAUUCCAAAGUAUCGACCGUAAGAUUACAACAGAGUGGGAAAUUAUCGAGCAAAGAAAGAGUGGUGGUUCAGAUGGCUCCGAGGGAGAUCUUACAGAUGAGAUGAAAUCCGAGAGUGUGCUCCGCCAGCUGACCUAUUCCGCUGUCAUUAUGGUGGCUAGCCUGUUCGACCCACAGAGAGGAGAUCCUGAUAGAACAGAAACGGAUCCAACUGCGCCUCCAGGUACUCCGGAGCUUUCAGAAUCGAUCCGCCAUUUUGUAAUCUCUUCAGCAGAGAUAUUUGAACCAGUCAUGCUAUUCUGCACCCACGCUCUCCGUAUGCGAGACACCCGGUGCUGCAGCAUCAUCACUCGGGUUGUUCGAUCCAUCCUCCCAGACUUUGCUCCCCCUCGCGAAAAUCAAACCACCCAGACUAUUCGCGAAUUUAUUUCCUCAGAUGUCCUCAAAGCAUGUAUCACAUCGGUCCAUGAACCAUACUUUGUCGAUAUGCAAAAAGACCUGGCACAGCUCAUCGCAUCGAUUUGGGUGUUAUAUGGCCCAGCAACAAACACCCCAAGGUCUAUAUUUCUCACGUUACCAGGCCUGACUGAAGAGAAGGUCAUGCAAACGGAAUCUCAGCUGCAUCGUUGCCCCUCCCCACGCCAACAACGUGCAUUAGUGCUUGAGCUUCUUGAAUCUCUCCGGGGUGUUAGCAUUGCAGAACAAGGGAAGAUUCUGGGUUCUCGCGAAGAGCGCCGCAAAAUCCGCUCUGCACUUCAGGAACGGUAUAUGACAAACGAGAUGGAGGCGCAGCAGUCAAACCCUCGCGUCGAUAUCAACGAUGGACCUGAUCUUUCUGGCGUGGCUGAUAUGUUUGGGUAA